AUGGGCGUGGUGGUCGUUGUCUCUGAUGCUCGCGACGGUGGCACCAACGACGGCAGCGGACCGGCAAGGAGAGCUCUGCCCGACCACGCUAUGCGGCGGCGUGAACAUCUCCUUCCGUUCGGGAUCGUCGCCGCAACGGAGACCAAAUGUUUGGUGAUCGGGUUCCAGGUUCUCUGCUCUAACAAUAUCCCAUACUUCGGGUCGAGUCCAUAUUCGCCCCGGAUUCUCGACAUCUUCUACGACAAUUUGUCCUUCCUCAUCGCCGAUGUCCAUAAGCUUGACGACUUCCAUAGCUCCGCCUCCAAGCCCUGCCACUCCCCGACGAACAACAGCUCCUCCAAGGUCGGCCCCCCGUUCUCGAUCUGCCCUGGUAACCAGAACAUGAUCUUCUACGACUGCGAGGAGCCGCCAACGCAGGCGGAGCGGCAGCGCCGCGGGCUCGUGGACACGGCAUGCGGGAACAGGACGCUGGUUGGCGUCGCCAAGCGCCCCGACGUGCCUGGCAGCUACUUCAUGGAGGGUUGCAACGCUACCGUCAUGCCGAUGCUUGCGAGGUCCGGCGAGGUGAACCCAGCAAACUACAAGGAGUUCAUCAGUGAAGGAUUCCUCUUGACAUGUCGCCAUCACCGGCUGACAAGUUCGCAAUUGGAAUCUAGAGCUACUACCAUAGCAUAG